UUGUCCCAGCUGAAGCGCAGGCUGGGACAUAGUCCAGUACGUGAGGGUGGAGCUAGCAUUUCUCUUCGCUCACUCCUGUCCGAUCAGCCUGCAGCAUAAAAACAGAGAGGAGGGGGUUACAGAGCAGCCUGCAGUGAUUGGAUGAAGAGACCCAGCACAGCACAGUAGACUCAGAGAAGAAGAUGAGCCAUACAGAGUGAGGACAUGUCCCCUCCAAAACACAUAAUGAUAGCCAAAUGAGUAAGAAAAAGAAGAUAUUCGUUAAAGCUGAUGAUACCCUCCAGAAUUUGAUGGGAUCAGAUACCUGCUAAUGUUUAUAGAUAAAAGGAGAUCCAAGAAAGGGAGAUGAAUCGCGCUCCCACAAGAAGUAUAUAUGGGUAAAUUUAUUGCACACAAAGGAUCCACGCAACGCGUUUCAAAGCCGUUCCGGCUUCUUCGUCAGACGGGAGCCGCAGAAGCCGCGAUUACAGGAUUCCUGAUCAAGCGCAUUGAGUGUUGUGCCUCCAUUCGCACAACUCGCAUAGGUUGUCCCCCCGUGAAACACCCCUGACAAGCUGUAUAAAUAGAGAGUGAAGACCACAGCCUCUACCCACACUUCUUAUUCCAUACCAAUUGCUCUGGUUAACUCCAGCAGCAAUAAAACCACCAUGGCCUAUCAACGUGCAAGCUCUGCCUCAUCCUAUCAAGUUUCAAGCUCAUCUGGUGGCUUUGGCGGCAGCUAUGGAGGAAACUUUGGUGGUGGAUCCGGUGCAGCAUUCUCCUUGAGCUCUGCUGUUGGAUCUGGUGGUGGCUUCGGUUCUGGUAGUGGCUUCGGUUCUGGUGCUGGCUUCGGUUCCAGUUCUGGCUUCGGCUAUGGUUCUGGAGGUGGCUUUGCUUCAGGUGGAGGCUUCUCUUCUGGUGGCUUUGGUGAUGGAGCAGCCUCUGGUUCUUUCAAUAUAAGCGAAAAGCAGACCAUGCAAAAUCUCAAUGACCGUCUGGCUUCCUACUUGGAUAAAGUGAGAGCACUAGAGGCUGCCAAUACUGAGCUGGAACUGAAGAUCCGUGAAUGGUACGAAAAGCAAGUUGGUGUUGGAGUCAGUGGAGGUGCCAAAGACUAUAGCAAGUACUAUGACAUCAUCAACGACUUGAGAAGCAAGAUUUUGGCUGCCACCAUUGAUAACUCCCGUAUUGUCCUCCAAAUUGACAAUGCAAGACUGGCUGCUGAUGACUUCAGACUGAAGUAUGAGAAUGAGCUGGCUCUUCGCCAGAGUGUGGAGGCUGACAUCAAUGGACUCCGUAGAGUCUUGGAUGAGUUGACCCUGGCCAGAGGAGACCUGGAGAUUCAGCUUGAGAGCCUGACUGAAGAACUGGCCUACCUGAAGAAGAACCAUGAGGAGGAACUUCAAGUUGCAAAGAGCAGUGCUGCCGGCCAAGUCAAUGUAGAAAUGGAUGCUGCUCCAGGUGUGGAUCUCACUAAGCUUCUGAAUGACAUGAGAGAAAACUAUGAAGUAUUGGCUGAAAAGAAUCGGAAGGAUGCCGAGGCAUGGUUCAACCAGAAGAGCGGUGAACUGAAGAAGGAGAUUUCAGUCGGUGUGGAACAGGUGCAGACAAGCAAGACAGAAAUUUCUGACCUCAGACGUAGCCUCCAAAGUUUGGAAAUCGAACUCCAGUCACAAUUGGCAAUGAAAAAAUCCCUUGAAGACACUCUGGCUGAAACCGAAGGGAGAUUUGGAGCCCAGCUUCAACAGCUCCAGUUUACCAUUAGCGGAAAUGAGGAACAGUUGAUCCAGAUCCGCUCAGACACAGAGAGACAGAGCCAGGAAUACCGAGAACUCCUCGAUAUCAAGACAAGACUGGAACUUGAAAUUGAAACCUACCGCCGUCUGCUGGAAGGAGAACUAGGUCAAUUCUCCCAGUCUUCAUCAAGCAGAUCUUCAUCAUCUACAACCCAAGUGUCCCAGGUUUCAUCGAGCCAGGUUUCCAAAUCACAAACAUCUUCUGUGGACUCCAAGAAAGACCCAACAAAAACCAGAAAGGUGAAGACCAUUGUGGAAGAAGUCGUGAAUGGGAAGGUUGUAUCCUCCAGGGUGGAGGAGGUUGAAGAAAAGGUGAACUAAAAAGAGGAAACAAUUUGAAGAUAGAAGAGAGUGGUGUCGGUUUGUGGGAUAUUUCAGCAACUCUGCUGCAAAAUUCUUCGAGAGGAAUGUGAUAUUAGGCCGUUCUCCUUUUUUGAUUCAAUAAAAUCUU